UGGCGCGCGCCGGGGCGGGAGGCGGCCGGCCGCCGGGCCGGCUCUUGCGGCGUGCCUUCCCACCCUCUGCUCGCCGGCACGCACGCUUUCUGUUCAGUGAGAAGCGGUCUCCGCUAGAAGAUGGCAAAGCCCAGCCACAGCAGCUAUGUCCUCCAGCAGCUAAACAACCAAAGAGAAUGGGGCUUUCUCUGUGACUGUUGCAUUGCAAUUGAUGACAUUUACUUCCAAGCACACAAAGCAGUUCUAGCUGCCUGCAGCUCCUACUUUAGGAUGUUUUUCAUGAACCAUCAGCACAGUACUGCACAACUGAAUCUCAGCAACAUGAAAAUCAGUGCUGAGUGUUUUGAUCUCAUUUUGCAAUUUAUGUAUUUAGGAAAAAUCAUGACCGCUCCCUCCAGUUUUGAGCAGUUUAAAGUGGCAAUGAACUACCUACAGCUGUACAAUGUUCCCGACUGCUUAGAAGACAUACAAGAUGCAGAUUGUUCUAGUUCAAAAUGUUCAUCUUCUGCUUCCAGCAAACAGAACACCAAAAUGAUAUUUGGGGUGAGAAUGUAUGAAGACACUGUGGCCAGAAACGGCAGUGAAGCCAACAGGUGGUGUGCAGAGCCGAGUUCAACAGUGAAUACCCCUCAUAACAGAGAGCCGGAUGAGGAGUCUUUGCCGUUAGGUAACUUUCCUGAGCCACUGUUCGAUGUAUGCAAAAAGAGUUCUGUGUCCAAAUUAUCUGCUCCGAAAGAAAGGGUGUCACGACGCUUCGGACGGAGUUUUACUUGUGACAGCUGUGGAUUCGGCUUUAGCUGUGAAAAAUUAUUGGAUGAACACGUACUGACCUGUACUAACAGACAUUCAUACCAAAACACAAGAUCAUACCAUCGAAUAGUAGAUAUCAGAGACACAAAAGACAGUACCAUCAAAGCCGAAUUUGGUGAGAAGGAUUCCUCUAAAACAUUUUCUGCGCAGGCAGACAAAUACAGAGGCGACACGAGCCAGGGUCCUGAUGAUUCCACUUCAACCACGGGAAGCAGGAAAAGCACGGCAGAGUCUGAACUAGCCGGUGAAGAGAAAAGCAGGGCUGCUGAGAGGAAAAGAAUCAUCAUUAAGAUGGAGCCCGAAGAUAUUCCUACAGAUGAGCUGAAAGACUUUAACAUUAUUAAAGUUACUGAUAAAGACUGCAAUGAGUCCACUGACAACGAUGAAUUAGAAGAUGAACCGGAAGAGCCAUUUUAUAGAUACUAUGUCGAAGAAAACGUUGGCAUUAAAAAAAGUGGCAGGAAAACCCUAAAACCUCGGAUGUCCAUAAAUUCUGAAGAAAGGGGCCCUUUACAAAGCAUGAGGCCCCCUAACCACAGCAGUCCAGUCCAGGAGGAUGGUGACAGUGCCUCCUGUGAGCUGUGCGGGCUCACAAUAACCGAGGAGGACCUGUCCUCUCACUACCUCGCCAAGCACAUUGAGAACAUCUGUGCGUGUGGGAAAUGCGGGCAGAUCCUCGUCAAGGGCCGGCAGCUUCAGGAACAUGCCCAGAGAUGCGGAGAGCCCCAGGAUCUGACCAUGAACGGGCUAGGAAAUGCCGAGGAGAAGAUGGACAUGGAAGAAAACCCCGAUGAACAGUCUGAAAUAAGAGAUAUGUUUGUUGAAAUGCUGGAUGAUUUUAGGGACAGUCAUUACCAGAUAAACAGUAUCCAAAAGAAGCAGUUAUUUAAACACUCUGCCUGUCCUUUUCGGUGUCCUAAUUGUGGCCAGCGUUUUGAGACUGAAAACCUAGUGGUCGAACAUAUGUCUAGCUGCCUCGAUCAAGAUGUGUUUAAGACCGCCAUUAUGGAAGAGAAUGAAAGAGAUCAUAGGCGAAAGCAUUUUUGUAAUCUUUGUGGAAAAGGAUUUUAUCAGCGGUGUCACUUAAGGGAACAUUAUACUGUUCAUACUAAGGAAAAACAGUUUGUUUGUCAGACAUGUGGGAAGCAGUUUUUAAGAGAACGUCAGUUGCGUCUGCACAAUGAUAUGCACAAAGGCAUGGCCAGUGGUGAAAUAGGGCCUUCUAAACCUCUGGAGAAGUGACAGAUCUGAAUUUGGAGAGGACAUGGGGAAGAAUCACUCUUCAACAGAUAAUCUUUAAGUGCAAACCCAGGAAUAGCAGAUCUGAAGUGACACCAUCUUUUCUGUCUUCCUGACAAACUUCAUCAACCCCAAAAGUUCCAGUUGCAAAGAUCCAAGAAAGCUCGAUACAGAUCACUUUGGAAUCACCGUGUCGUAACAAAAUUGAUUCAUGGUGACUCUUCUAGCAUUUGUGGAAAACCUUCUAGAGAAAUGUAACUGUAAAACUCACAUGAAAUCAGUGGUUAAAGCUAUCUGAAACUUUAUAUGCUAAUUAUCUUCAAGAGUCCUAAAAUAAAAGGGCUUGCUAGGCUACUGUAAAUAUAAAGAGAUAAUCACAUGUCUUUAUAAACAUGUAUAAUUCUAAGCUUAAAAUAACCAGAAUUACAGCUUAUAUAUUACAAAAUUAGGUAAUUUAAAGAGUUACACCCUAAAAUCUGUAGGUUAGAGUCUCAUUAAAAAGAAUGGUACCAAGAAAAAAAAUUUAAGGCCAAUAUUUUAACAAGAUAAUCUAGUUAUUCUUCACGGUAAUGUAACGCCUAUCCUCUUUCUUGUUUGUGAAUAAUACCAGUCACAUGUUUGACUUCAUAUUAAUGAAGCUCCUUUUUAAGAUUGUUAACUUCGGACCGGGGAUAUAGCUCAGCGGUACAAGUGCCUGCCGGGCAAGCAGAAGGUCCUGAGUUCAAUUUCUGGUACAAAAAAAAAAAAAAAAAUUGUAAAAAAAGACUUAACCUGAAGGAAAAGCACAAAAGUAUUAUUUUAUUAGUGGUAGGUUUUCACAAAUCACAGACAUUAUUUUCUUCUGACCUUAACCUAGUAGGCAGAAUUAAUUUUGUUCAGCAUUUAUUCUCAAUAUAAUGUAUAAUGCCAUGCUAUCAGCUUCAAAUUUCACAAUACAAUUAGACUAAGUAAACUUUGAUGGUUAGCAUGUUUUAAAAACCUCUCAUGGAGAAACUGAAUAUUUUGUGAGUCUUAACCUGGUUACAAAUGCUUUGCUAUGUGCAUACAUGCACAUGCGUGCACAUAUUUCUUAAGGAUAUGACUUAUGACCAUAUUAUUUCCUUAUUGUGAAUAUACUUGUACUGUACUUUUAUCUUUGGUUAACUAUGUACCAAAUUAUUAUUUUGUUUUUUUGUGCACUAUCAAGAUGUUAUAUAUUUUUAGAAAUGGUUUAUUUUUACUCUUAUCUCUAAAAAUGUUUUUACUAAGGAGUUUCACAAAGAGACCUAACAUAAAGUAUACUUCAUAGUAUAUUGCAGAAGUGAAGUCACUUAAAAACCCUGGCUGUAAGGUUGGAUAAUAACUUGAAUAUUCACUCUAAUAAUUAGGCUAGAUGAAAAUCAAAUAGUUCAUUACAGUGGAAUAACAGAUAUGGGGGGAAGGAGGAGAGAGAUUCACUGACGAGUGCAAAUAUAUAUGAAACCGCUUUAAGAGAAACAAGUUUAACAAAGUCUCAAACAGCAUCAAGAAAACACUAGGUAAAGUUGUUUGGGAACAUGAAGAUGCAUUUAGAACUACAAGCUUCUAAAAAUAAGUAGGAAACAAAAGAUAAAAGAAUAUUACCAGGCCAGGGAAGCAGCUCAGCAGCAUAACACCUGCCUGGCAAGUGUGAGGUCAUAAAUUCAAUUCCCAGUACCAAAAAAAGAAAAAGAAUAUUACCAGUAAUUAAAUGUGCCUGAUAAAUAUAGAAAUGACUCAGAAAGUAAUUUUGAUUGAUGAAAUUUUUUAUUGAAUGAGAUUUCUAAAGAAAAAUGGCUUAAAUUUUGACUGUACUAACUGCAAGUGUAAUGAACUAUGAUAAUUAUAAAUGGUAUAAAUGCAUUCAAUGAUGUGGUUAUUUUCUGUAUAUUAGUAUAAAAUGGAAUUUUUGGAUUACAUAAAGUACUUUUGUUACAUUUUAAAAUCCAUUGCUUUUACCUAAUAAAAAGUCCUCCUCUAUGUUCAGAAGUUAAA